AUGAGCUUUCUGCUGCAAAUUUUUAUUGCUUUGUUUCUCUCUUUGCUUGGGGGACUUUACGUCCUUGGAGCCUUCCGGCUUCCAGAACCUCCUCUGGAUAAAGGUCCUCUUCCAUGGCUGGGACAUGUCCUGGAGUUCAGGAGAAACACAGCAAAGUUUCUAGAGAGGAUGAGAAAGAAGCAUGGGGAUAUUUUCACUGUGCAGCUGGGAGGGUUUUACUUCACUUUCCUCACGGACCCACUGUCCUUUGGCUUGGUGGUUAAAGAGGCCCGGGCCAAACUGGACUUUAACAAGUUCGCUAACUUCCUCAUGAAGCACCCGGAGGCCAUGAAGGCGGUGAAGAGCGAGGUCGAUGAGGUUCUGCGUGAAACCAGACAGGAGGUGAAGCGUGGUGGCCCGCUGAUUAACCUGACUCGAGACAUGCUGCUCAAAACCCCGGUUCUGGACAGCGCCGUGGAUGAGAGUCUGCGUAUGAUGGCUGCUCCCGUGCUCACACGAGCCGUUCUGGAGGACAUGAGCCUGAAAAUGGACAAUGGGCGCGAAUACAAGAUCCGCAAAGGUGACCGUGUGGCCCUCUUCCCCUACACUGCUGUCCAGAUGGACCCGGAGGUGCACCCUGAUCCACACACCUUCAAGUACAACCGCUUCCUCACACCUGAUGGUGGAAAAAAGACUCAAAAAAAAUUAGAAAAAAAAUUCUACAAAGGAGGAAAGAAAGUGAAGUACUACAACAUGCAGUGGGGUGCCGGGGUCAGCAUGUGUCCUGGGAGGUUCUUCGCGGUCAACGAGCUCAAGCAGUUCAUCUUCCUCAUGCUCACAUAUUUUGACUUUGAGUUGAAGAACCCAGAUGAAGAGAUCCCAGACAUCGAUGUGAGGCGGUGGGGAUUCGGGACCAUGCAGCCAACGCGCGACAUCCCAUUCAGAUACAGGCUCAGGUUUUAGACAACACAAAUGUUUAUAUUACAAACCUUUUACACUUCGCCUGCAUGCUAGGUCAGUGCUUAUUAUUAUUAUUAUUAUUAUUAGCAGCUCAGGUAAUCAUUUGUAGAACAUCUUCUGCAUCCAACUUCUUUAAUGCAAAGAAAUUAUUAUUUCAGAAAGAAAAAUAACACAAUGUCUUUUUACUAUAUUCUAAUUCAUGUUUAAAGAAUUUUUAAAUUGUUACAAAUUUCUCAAUACUAAGUUCACUUGUCAGAACUCUUCACACAGUUGUCUUUACCAGCAUGCAGCUCAGCACAGCAGUUAACCUCAUUUCAAAAAAACUACUGAAACACUUCACACACACCUCAAACUCAACUCAUUCUCCCAGAACAACUAACCAAGGUUCUCUCUCAACAAGAACAUGUUAUGAUUCACAACACAAUGACCUGAAAAACACUGACAAGCAGGUAACAGUACACAAUUAUCAUUUGGACUUUAUACACAACACAGAACUUCUUUAUAGUUUAGAAUUUACUACAGUAUAUGUUACAGGAAUGAAUCAAAUAUGCUGCAGUGUAAUUCAUUGUGCUUAAUUGUGGCGGUGUGGGUGUGGUCGACUGUCAGCUGUGGACAGAGAGGAGGUCGAACAAGCAGGUAACACGUGAUGAUUCUCAUCUGUGUCUUAUGCUUGCGAGACACACACGCACUGUGCAUGACCUUGAACUUGACAGAGCGAAAGCUGCGAGUCCGGGACGGACUUGUCUCUGUUGACUUGUUUUGGGUUUGUUGAGUUUUACAAAGUGCACUGAAAAGCAUGGACUGAAUAAACGCAAGCCCAGAGCUCAGCUAAAAUUCCUUGUGUCUCCCGAGUCUUCCUCCACAACCUCACACACCAGGUGAAGCCUCCACACUUGGCUUGAUCAUCAAGGCUCUCACUGUCCUCCCCCAAAUCCAACACCGAGAGCUGGUGGGCACUCCAGGAGCUGCUGCAGCUUUAGUUGUCUUCCCUGCCACCAUGCCACAAUUCACAUUCACCUAGAGGGCCUCCUCGGAUGAUCUGGAGGCCUUCCUUGAGCUCUUCAAGCAUGCCGCAGCUGCGUGUGGCCAGAGGAGGAAUGGGCAAGUCCUCCCCUUGCUAUCGGGGGAAGUCCAGCUUGCCGCCCAGCAGCUUCCACCACGGACACAGCUGGAGUAUUCCAGCAAAUUGGCCAGGGUUUCAGGCAUUAAUAAGGGAAACGUUUGUGGAUGGAUCCUGCAGUAGCAAGGUGCAGUGUGAAAUGUGCAGUGUUGGCUGGGGAAGCGGUGCUGGGG